AUGAACAGUCAGCAGUACCAAGACAGUUGCUUGAUCAUUGUUGGCGACGGAGGUGCAACUGACGAGCUACUAGCAAGGAGGCGCUUGGCUGCUGGGGGUCGCCUGGUGCACGUCUCGACGGGCGGCCUGGGCGAUGAGCGUGUCAAGGUGGCAGCUUUCAGUCUUCAGGAUGCUUUCUUCUCCUGGAUGCCCCCACCUUCAAACUGGGCCGUGUCCACGCUCGGGAAGCGUCUGGGAGCCCGAUCCAGGGGGUACUGGACCAAGUCAGGUCCAGACGCUUUCGAUCUACCGCCAACGCAUACUCUGCAGAUUAUCAAGACCGAGGGCUCUAUGAGACACAUCUACAUCAUCGACUCAGGGGCGAAUAUUCAGGUGGAAUUAUCUGGACAGGUGGUUCUGAACCCCACCUUACAGCAGGCGCAAGAUUGGGAUGUGACAGUGGUCGACCCUUACCUGAAGCCUUUCGGUACCUUCACUCCGCGACGAGUGCUGCUGGGAGUUCUGGUGGUGUUCGUUUGGCAUUUCCUGCGGUGGCUGAUGCACAUGCAACUCGAGGCCAACCUUUCUCCCAGUUACAAGCCUUGGUGGCGUCCACUCCCGGUUAUGAUGAAUGGCAUCCUCUUCUGCGGCCCUUUGAUUGUCGAGAAUCUCGCAGCCAGCCUUUGCGGGGAGCAGAGUCACUGGAAGAUCAAUCGACUUGCGAACAUAAUUGGCAUGGUGGCCCUGAUCACAGCGGUAUUGGCCAGCGACUGGCGGAUUGGGGAGUUCCCACUUCAUGCGGUCAGCUACAUCCCGAUGUUUAUUGCCAACCCAUUGGCUUUGUACAAGUUUACCAUGAACAAGCCGGAGCAUUCGUCCAGGCACUUCUCCACAAGGUUGCGCUGGGCACUGGCUCAAGUCGCUGGUGUGGUUGGCUGCGCGUUUACCAUGGCUGGCGUUUGCAUGACGUAUGCUGCACUUGUGGCCGCUGACAUGAAGAUGACAGCGACGAUUGUCCUGCCGGUCUCGACCACUCUCGCGGAGCAGGCUGCAGUCACCUAUACGCGCACCGUGUAUCGCAAGUUCGUUUGGGCAAAGAGGUGCCAGAGCGGCAACUUGGAUACAGGGGACCACCUCUUUAUACCGGUCCCGAUGAUGAUUAGUUCUGCCCACAGCCUUGCCGAGGCGGUGCGGCUGGUCGGCAGCUUUGCAGGUGCCGUGAAGUGGGGGAGUAUGUCCUGGAUCCCUACCAUUUUCGGCCAGCUGUUGCUCAAUCUCUUUGUUCGCCUGGGCUGGGCGCACUUCGCUGUCUUCGGAAUCUUCAAGCGUUGUGUCGGAGAGCAUGACGUCCUGACGGCCAUGUCAUACAACGGCUUUAUCAAGUUGCAUGACCACAUGAAGAUCUUCGGAGGCUAUUUCAGAUUUAUUGCUAUACUUGGCUUGGGAGCAGCACGUGCUGCGUUCUAUGGCCUGCAGCCAGUCGACAGUGUCCUGGAACCUUUUUUCAAUUCUUCCGCAACUUAUGCGCUUCUUGCCAUGAUGAUCCUGGAAGGGCUUGAGGAUGCUGUGGUCCUGUGGGAGCUUCUUCCCAUGGCGCCGGUUCCGCGUGAGGUUCUCAGGCUACAUCAUGGUCGUGACAAGACGGACCCAGACAAUCUGCUCACCAUAGAGUACCACCCAUGUUUACAUUCACCUAUGGACGAUCCGUGGCGGCCAGAGGAGAUAUCCCGCUCUGGGAGCAAGACCAAGUCGGGUUUCCUCUCGGUCAGUGUAGGAGGGUUCGAACCUGUGGAGCUCAUCGAGACACGGGUUUCGUUGGGUCCAGCGCAGGACAGUUACUACGGCCGCCUGCGCCGGAAGUGCGGACAGCUUCGAUCUCUGAACCCACCUCUGGCUUUGCAUGGUCUCAGGGAAAUGCCCUUCCACUGUCAGCUGUGCUUCAUCGCUAUCGUGUCGGAGCUGACCUCGAGCCUGCUGACGCUGAUGCUCGGAGCCGGCUACCUCCGCGGGAUUAAGGAGGUGCCCUGCGAGGGUUUCGAGAGAGUCUGGAGCUUCUUCUCGUGGGACAGGCCUCUUGCGUGCUGA